AUGGGCCUUGAUACUUGGGAUGCAUCAUUAGCCCAUUCCCAUCUCGCAACACCCACAAUCAAUCCACCCUCCAUAAGUCCAGGAGACAUUCUAUUUUUUUCCUAAUUCUACCUUAAUAGCGUUUAUAUGUCAAUUAAAAGUAUUCCUCGAGGAUAUACACCUUGGACAAUCAUAUAAGAAUAAAGAUUAGAAAAUCAAACAAAAAAUUAUCACGAAUAAUAUGCAGCUUUAAGUAAGAAUUUAUGAAAUAUACCAUGGAAUCUAUUUAAUAUUUUUCAUUCAAUUUUUCUUAUAUUUGACAUUGGUUGAUGCAAUAUUUAUUAUCAUUCUUCCCUGAUGAACAAACAAAAUGCAGUAACAUGCACUUCUUGGUCAACGGCAGUCAGUUUAAUUGCAUGUAAAACCCUCGUAAGGAAUUUAAUUGCGUGCGGACUCUUUCCAACCUCUGCAGCUUGACCAUAUUACCCAAGGAUAAAAUUAACCUCUGCAGGAGGAUAAUUUGAUUGUCAAUAUUUCAACUGGGAUAUAUGAAAUCAGCCUCUGCAGCUUGGCGUCGUUGAACAGGACUACUCACAUCUAGGACAAUGAAGGCAAUAAUGGAAGCAGCUGUGACAGAGACACAGAGAUAGAGACUGAAGAGAGAAAAAAAGAGAGACAGAGAGACAGAGAGAGAUUCAGCAAGAAAUGAGAAGAGAUCGGCCGGUUUAAAAAUUGCCCCUUCGUCUUCCUGUCAAAGGAGAAUGGUUGGAAGGGGAUAGUGGAGGAGAAGGUAGCCUCCAAUGGAUAUGCUAGGGUUGCCGCAGGAGCUGGAGCUUUCUCUGCGUCGUCCGUUUCUUCUCUCGUCUUACUCCUCUCGACUUUCCUCUUCCUGUCGGCCGCCUGUUACCUGCGAGGACCUCCGAAGAAUAAGGAGGACCUCCGCCUGUCACCGUCCCCGCCCAAACUCCCCCUCAUCGGUAACCUCCACCAGCUCAGCGCCCUGCCUCACCGCCCCCUCCGAGAGCUCUCCCGCAAGUACGGCCCUCUCAUGCUCCUCCACCUCGGGCAGAGCCCCACCCUUGUUGUCUCCUCCGUGGAGGCGGCGGGGGAGGUGCUCAAGGCCCAGGACCUCGCCUUCACCACCAGGCCCUUCUCCGCCGCCGCCGCUGCCCUUAUCAACGGCUGCCGCAACGUGUCGUUCGCCCCAUACGGCGAGCACUGGCGGCGGGAUCGGAAGGCCGUCAUCGUCCACCUCCUCAACCUCAAGAAGGUCCAUGCCCUCCGCCGGACACGGGAGGAGGAGAUCGCCCUCAUGAUCCGGAAGAUCUCGUCGUCUCCUUCUCUGGCGACGGUGGACCUGAGCGGGAUCGUCUACGACUUCUUCAACGGCCUCGUCCGCAGAGUCGUCGCCGGGAGCUGCCCGGCGAGGGAGGUGAGGACGCAAAGGUUCCGAGAGGCGAUCGACGAAUCCACGGUGAUGCUCAGCGGCCCGAGACUGGAGGAGCUCUUUCCGAGCUUGGCGCGGGUGACAAGGCUUCCUGGAGCAGACUCGAAGUUGAAGAAGGUGGCGAAGAAGUUAGAUGUCCUCCUCGACGAGAUCAUGACGGACCACGAGAGGCGUGCAGUAAGGAGAGAGCAGGGGGAGGAGGUCUAUUUCCUCGGCCACCUCCGCUCCGCUGACACCGCCGGCGACUAUGCCUUCUCCAGAGAAGACUUGAAGGCCAUCUGCCUCGUGAGCCGCCGCCAUGAAUUAUCCUCUCUCUCUGUCUGA